CAGGCGAGGUGCGGUGGGAGGGGGGUGGGAGGAGAAACACAUAAUUUGAAGUCUUCGAUCUGUCAGUAUUCUCGCUGCUUAUCAAAGAGAACUAAGACAAUGUUCAGGACACUAUUCCGAAGUAAAACGAGGCUGGUGCUGACUGCAGACGAGACUAACAAGCAGACGAUAUAAUGAGGAGUGUUGAGUCUACAGCCGCAAGCCACAGGAACCACAGAACAUACUCCUGAUCAGGACCGCCCUGCUUCUGUCUCCCCAAAUAGUACUGAGUGUCUUUGAUUCUAAGCCCAGGCAUCUCAUGUUCCAGGUCAUCGAGGCACGGACAAUCACGUGGCUCCGUUGCCGGACUGAGUUCGUGUGAGAAGACCAUUCCCACUGACAAUCCAUCGCUCACCGCCUGACCUUCCAAUGGCCAUGUCCAGCCCGUGUCAUAUCGGACUCACUGGUCACGUCUAGGUCGUAGCGAGUCAUUGUUAGACUCAUGAAAAUGUCGGAAGUAAUUAACAUUUUAUGAGGUCAUUUCAGUGACUUAAAAAAGAGGAAUUCGAUAUUUUGUUUACUCGAGAUGUAGGUUGUUUUUUUUUUAAAUAGAGAUUUUGUUUCUAGUGCUGCUAAAAAAAAGAGUCUGUUAACAUCUAAUUCAACUGUAUUAUGAAAGACAUGUGCGAAAUCAAAGAUUAUUGGCUACUAUAACUUCUAGAAGUGUUUUGUUGGAAAUCUUAGUAAAUAUUCAGAAAAAAAAAAGUUCUGGGAAAAAAAAAGUUCCAUCUUGUGUUAACAAAUCUGGAUUUAUUGUCAAAAGAUAAAAUGUGACGUGUCGUAAAACUAACAAGGUUUCUCAAAUAUGUGGAUUUUGUGCACCCAAUGUACUUUCUCUGGAGGAUCACCGACUCUUCUGUUUCUUCUCAUGACGUGGACAGUUCUCUGGGAUAUAGUCUGGAACUUCCAGUGUCCACCCUGCCACAGGCUACACUGUUCCCCUAGGAGAGCUUCGAAAUUACAAUGCAAAGGAGGCGUGACCACUGGCGUGUGUGGUUGCUGUCCAGUCUGCGCCAAACAGGAAGGAGAGGAAUGCGGAGGCCAUUACGCCUACCGCGGGAAAUGUGACCGGAACCUGGACUGCGUGCUGACCACGACAACCAGUGCGGUCAUUUCCAGUACCCACACCCUCCAGACAGAACCAGUCGGCAUUUGCAAAAAGAUGACCAAGAAACCAGCUCGAGGCCAUCAAGCAGACGCGACCUUCGUAGAGUUCUGUCGGCCUCCGUGUACAGCGGAGUUCUGUUCUCACCAUCCUCGAGCACUUUGUUCUGCUAGUGAAGUUGUAGAGGUCAUCAAUGAGUGUCAAGGUCGGUGUCAGCACACAUCUUGCAGUGCUUGCUCAUUCCAGCAUGUUCCGAACUGUCCUAAGUGCCGUAAGAACGACUUCCGGUGCAUCAAAAAAUUCGGCAAGUGCAUAAGAAAACAAGCGUGUUCAGUUAGGAAAAAAACGUGCAAGUUCUCUUUUAAACAGGUGGCGAAUCAAACCAGCGGCAAGUUCCUCUGCAAGCUACCGGGGUGUUUGUGAUGGGGCCAAGAGAGAUAACCCAGAGCUGUGAUAAUACUAGUACACUUAUUUCUCAAAUGAACUCACAAUUUACCUGUUGCACCAGACAUAUUGAAUAUAAUGGACAUUCUUCGCCACUCUUUAUUUUGUAUAUAUAACUAAACCGUAUUUAGUAUUAUAUGUUACAGUGCAUAAAAUUUCUUUUCUCAAGUUAUUAAAAAAUAUAUGUUGCUUAAAUAUUUGAAUAAUUACAACCAAUUUAAAUUUGUGUUUACAGAUAUCAAGGUAUAUAAAAAAGCCAUGCAUCCCAUGCGGUCUAAUCUCACUCUGUAAUAAACAAAAAAAGCAAAGGCCUUAUUGCCUGUAUUUGACUAAACUUUUUCGUCUUGUGAAGACUAUUGAAAACAAUUUUAAUGUCUCUAUGUCACUCUAAGGACCUCUGCUUCCCCCCAAUAUCCCCUUUCUAGCGAUACUGAGUCACCCUACCAACGUUUUAGUAUUAUUUUGUUAAAGUCUUUUAAAGUGUCCUCAUUUGUUAAAAUGUUUAGUUACAACUGUUAUCGUGAUUAAUGAAGGGAAAAACAAUAUACCAUUAUUUUUAAUACUGCCAACUAAACGCUUGCAGUGUCUCUCAGAUUUUUUUGGAAAGGGAUUCACUAGUACAAUUAGCGUAAACUGUAGUUUAAAACUUUGCAUUGACUCAAACUUUACAUAUUUGUUUUUUAAUUUAAAACAACAACAACACGAAUGAAAGUCUACGCUGCGAGUUACAACUUUUAUUUAUCUGACCUUAAAAUCUAAGGUCAAGCUCACUGUUAAGGUCAAAGAUUUAAAUGUCAUUUUUUUAUGAGCUAUUUGGAGUUCUUCCAGAAAAUUCAAAAUUUAGCAAUAUUUGCUCUAUUGAUUGUGAUCGAUCUUUACAAAUCUCCAUAUAUAACAUGCCCUGGAAAUCCCUGAUAAUAUUUUUGGAAACUUGUAAUCUUAAUCAGAAGUCACUUGACCAGUUUAUCUUAAUGCCAAUCACCAACGUUGGUGUAGUUGAGCUUGUUGAAGACUAUUUUUAGAGUCAGCAGGCUUAGUCUCUGAUUGGUUGACUACCAGCCUCGUGAUCAAAGAUUAGGAAUCAGUGCGCUCCUACGUCAUGUAUGAAUUUCAGCUUCUUGAUUGGGGCACGGAUUUCACGUCAUCGGUCUUCCAAUAGGUCUUCCAACAGGUCUUUUGAAACAAUAGGUCUUACAACAGGUCUUCUAAUAGGUCUAUUGGAACAAUACGUCUUCCAACAGGUCUUUUGGAACAAUAGGUCUUACAAAAGGUCUUCCAAUAGGUCUAUUGGAACAAUAGGUCUUACAAUAGGUCUUCUAAUAGGCCAAAGGUCGAUGUAAAGCUGAUGUUGAUAUUUUCUUUUUUUUUUUUUUUGUCAUAUCCAAGUAUUUUUUUGUGUGUUCAUCUUUCUCCCAACUACCUCAUUAUUUGGAUUGCUAGUAUUUAUAUCUUAUGAACGUGGACACACUGCAUCUACUCUGUUAGGAGAGCGAGAAUCCCAAGGAUAUAUCUAUCUGGCAGUGAGGCAACUUUGUACAAGAACCCUAAUUCAAUAAAAACUUAAGAUCGGGAAGGGGUGAGUACCUCAUUCCUCUAAUUGUUAACAAAAACAAAUUUCAACCACUAAUACUAAUGAAGUUCAGUGAUAUGUAUUGCUCUUGAGCUUACUCCCUGACACCAUUUUACUGUAUAUGAAACGAAAAAUCCGCAUCUAGAAUUGCUUACUUUCUGACUAGAAAAUAUUUUCCAGUCAAUAAUAAUGAGUAUAUGGUCUAUUCUACACCAUUCUUUAUUGCUAGAGAUUACAGAGCAAUAAAACAUUACUUGCAAGUUACAAUUCUUUCACUGCACAAGUCCUUGAUUUACAUGAGUCAAUACUUUAUGCUAUUUGCAAUAUAUAAAUUAAAAUAGUUUGUCUACAAGAAGCUACUAAAUGUACUAAUUCAAUAAAAACAGAAAAUAUAAAGACAAGCGCACUGACACUUUAUAAUAAUAAAAAAAUUCUUCAUAAUUAGAAGUCUUUAAUUAAAUAGAGUCUCCUUAGAUAAUCAGCCACUGCUAGUGUCAUAUCUGUUAUUUUUUCUAAGCCAUACUUUGUCAUUUUAGCUAUAUUUGUUAGCUGCAUAUCUGGUGACAAUAAUUUACCUACUUGUCUGUUCCUCUACUUGCAUAGACACAAGUUUGCUGGUACAGAAUUCAGUGGGACAGAAUUUGUAUUUAGCAAUUGAAAACAAUUAUUUAUAGAGGAACUUUGUUUUAUAAUAAAGUUAAAGUUCUGAAUGGUGGUAUAGCUCAUUAUGUAAUUUUUAAAAAUGUAUAACUUGGCUGUAAGACUGAGUCCGGAAUGCUGAGAAGUGACAAGUCAUAUUUCAUGUUUUUAUUGUUGAUGUAUUAAACAGUAUUAUAGGGUUAAUUUUAAACAUAAAUGUUUUUGUAUUUAUAUUUUAGGCCUGUGUAUGAUUUGCAUUAUAUUUAUGCUUUAGAGCCUGUACUUGUGCACAUAUAGUCUCGUUCAAGCAAAAAAUAUGGCGUGAACUCUAAUAUAAGGAAACAAUGUUUUUAAGGAUGUAAAAUAUUGACAGACAAUAAAUGAAUGCUGUUUUUUUUUAUUA